AGUGAUGCAGACGCAUCAUUAUUUACUAACCACUAUGUAGGGUGCUGCCCCUUUAAGGACGUUGAUUCUGUGGGCUCAUGGGAUCGCGGAAGAAGAGGCGCUGUAAAAAAAAAAAAAAAAAAAAAAAAACUGAACCGAACCGAACUGACCGAGAAAGCAACGUUGAUGCUCAUUUGCAGACUUUCUUAUGUUCUACAACAAUUACAGCUAAACACUUAAUCUGAACUAUAUGUUCCCAGCGUGGUAAGUCAAAUGUUGUUGUUAUAAGUAUAUUGAUAAAAGCACUAUGUAGAUCGCCAUUCGCGAUUAGCGCCUAAACGCCUAAUGCUAUUAGUUUGUUAGUUUGGAUUGACAUUUGGUUUAAAUUGCUUAUUUAAACAUAUAUGCAAUAUGUGUAGCAUUUACAAGGUUUAAUAGGUGUUUGUAAUACAGCGACUGUUUAGAAAUCUGUAUUGAUAGUUUUAUUACACACAUGUGAUAAUAUUUAAUGCCUACAUAGUCUACCACGUGUGAUAUUUGCUUUGUACGGAAUAUCUUUGAUUUAUAAUGUUUAUCAUCUAAGCUGAUGUUAUGUUGUAGAAAACUUAUUUGGGAAAAUGAUACAUGACUGGAAACUAAAGGUGAAUUAUUUGUAUUUACAGUUUGACCGCACGCACACACUUAUGUGUACAUUGUGAGUUCUGCACAAGUGGAAUAAAGAAAAGAGAAAACACAAAAUCCAAGUUAAUGUUAUCAUUCAUGGGUAACAUUAAAGUCAAACACGAGGAGUUAAGAAGAUUAAUGACAACAUGGACCAAGAUUCAGAAACAAGUGUUACUCCUGAUCAACAACAAAGAUGUCUCAAGCGUCAACGUGGAAGUGCAAAGGCUGCAGUGACACGCUUGAUGACACAGAUUACAACUUCUAUGAACUGUAACCAACCCAAAGAAGUGGAGAUGAAACUUCCUGCUUUGGAUGAGGCGGUUAUGCGUUUUAAUGAGAUUCAUGACAUGUACCAUAAAUCAUUAGAAGACGAUGAUGACGUUGAUGCUUCUAAGGGCUAUUUAACAUCAGUCCUGCGUGAUGUUCAAGACUUGCAGCACACAGUCUUGAGCUGGUUUGACGACUUUAAGCCAUCAAUGGAGGAUCCAAACAUAGAAUCUUCAGAUGCACUUCAUUUCCAAGAGGAAGAGUCAAAGUUUGAUGAAGCCGUUAAAUCUCCAAUGUCUUCAGUAGACCAGCUGUCUACCCAGCUUCAAGGGCUACAAAAUCUAAGACAGAAAGAAAAGGAAGAGUUUUCCAUGCUUAUUGCUCGACAGGAAGAACGCCUUCGUGCAGAGUUUAACUUACAACUUCAACAUGCAGUAUUGGAAAUGGAUGGUCUGAAAGGCUUACUGAAACUCAAAGAUGCUGAGAUGGAGGAAAACCGUCGAAAGGCUGAGUUAACAACAAUAAAUAAAGACUUUUCCACUCCUGUCUCAGGUAACGCAUCCAUCAACUUUCGUUCCUCACUUUCAGCAGAGAAUGAGAAUUCUUUAUGCCAACUAUUAGACCUGUCAAGGCAACAAUAUCAGUCACACAUCGAUUCCAUGCAUCUACCACCAGUUGACAUCAUCAAGUUCGAUGGAGAACCUUUAAAGUACUGGCAGUUCAUGAGAUUGUUCUCCUCUGUGAUUGAUAAAGAGACAGUGCCAGAUCAAGAGAAACUCACUCGCCUGCAUCAGUACACUGUCGGUCAAGCUAGAGAUGCUAUCUCACAUUGCUUGUACAACCCCAACUCUAGCUUGGGCUAUGCUGAAGCCAUGGCUAUUCUGAAGAGACGUUUUGGCAAUCCAUAUGCAAUAUCACAAGCAUGGGUUGACAAGGUGCUUAAUCACAAAGAUAUUAAAGACAACAAGCAGUUGCAAAGCUUCGCGGACAUUCUGUGCAGCUGCCGAGACACUUUAAAGGCAAUGAAGUGUGAGGAAGAGCUAAACGGUGGACGCACUUUGCUACAAAUUGUGGAAAAGCUACCUGAAGACAUAAAGAAAAGGUGGCUCACAAUAAACUAUGAGAUCAUCAAGUCUGGUCAUUUGCCAAAGUUAGAUGACAUAGUCAGUCUUGUUCAAUCAGAAGCUGAAAAGAGGGCAGAUCCUAUUUUUGGGAAUCUCCUUAGCUCUGCCAGUCGAAAUUCUCCAGCAAGUUCUAAACCAAGUACUAAGUCAACUUUCAAUAAGAAAAAGCAGACAUUUGCAACAGUGUCAGUUACUAAUGAAUGCACCACCUCAUCCACACCAAAACCAACAUCAAGAUUUAAGUGUCCAAAGUGCACUGACGGACAUUUUCUGAACCAGUGUCAAGCCUUCAGAGCUCUGUCUGUUCAAGAGCGGUUGGCCUUUGUUCAACAAAAGCAACUCUGUCUGAACUGUUUCAUGAAAGGUCAUCGCAGCACAGUCUGUACUCGCACUUGGGUAUGCAAGGUGCCUGGAUGUGGGAAAAAACACAACAGUUGGCUGCACUCCGCCAUUGUAGCUUCUAACAACGACGACAACGCCCAAUCUACUAAUCAAGCUACUAGAGGUGAGCCAACUGCUGACCCGCCUCAAGCCAUUCAAGCACAUGCCACUAGAAAGUGCAUUGAAGCCAGUCGAAAGAAGAUUGCACUUCCCAUCUUGCCCGUAGUGGUUUCAGACAGACACAACAGAUUCUCUAUGAAUGUCUUUGCUUUGCUUGACAGUGGCUCUAAUGGGACCUUUGCUUCUAAGAAGUUAGUUCACGCACUUAAACUGGAGUCAUGCAAAAUGAACAUUAAACUGAACACCAUGGAGACCAAAAAUCUCAACGUAGCCACCUUAGCGGUGGACCUACGAGUUGAAGAUGCUCAACAAAAAAACUCUUACCUGAUGAAAGGAGUGCUCUGUCGGGAUCAGCUGAACAUAAGUCUAGACAACUUGGUCACACAGCUUGAGGUGUCCCAGUGGCCGCACCUAAAGGACAUUGCUGAUGAAAUCAGUUUACCUGACGUUGAUCUAGCUGAUGAGGUUCACCUGCUGAUAGGUCUAGACCAACCAGACAUACUCGCCCCCCGUGAAACACGCUGCGGUGAGUCAGGCGAACCCUAUGCGAUUCUAACUGGCCUGGGGUGGACACUCCAUGGGCCAGUAGCUGAUGGUUCAACAUCUGUUUCGGCCAAUUUCAUUCAAGCUGACCACUCUCUACAACAAGCUGUUGAAAGAUUUUGGAAACUGGAUGAUCCAGUGCACGUGAACAAUGACUCGCUGUCAGUAGUCGACGAGCAAGUUGUUGAUCUAUGGAACAAGCAAGCAGUCAAAGAGGAUGGUCAUUAUACUCUACCGAUCCCUUUCAAAGAACAUCCACCACAACUGCCCAAUAACUACGGAAUGGCCAAACAUCGAUUAGACCUUCUAGGAAAGAGGUUAAAGAAGGACCCGAUUUUGCAUCAAAGGUAUACAGAAGGUAUCAGAGACUGUUUGCUGAAAGGAUAUGCAGAAGAGGUCAUUGACGUUAAAAGAGACGAUGGUUGCGUGUGGUACCUGCCACAUCAUCCGGUGCUACAUCCACGCAAACCGGAGAAAGUUCGUAUUGUCUACGAUUGUGCGGCACGGUACCAAGGUACUUCGUUGAAUGAUCAUGUUUUCCAAGGCCCAGACCUUACCAAUAAGCUACUAGGAGUUCUUCUCAAGUUUAGGCAAGAACCCGUUGCUCUGAACGCGGACAUCGAGAGCAUGUUUUAUCAAGUCCGAGUGCCACCUGAUGAAAGAGAUGUGCUUCGCUUCCUGUGGUGGGAGGACAACGACCCGGACAAACCGCCUAAGCAUUACCGUAUGAUGGUCCACCUUUUUGGAGGUGUCUGGAGUCCUAGUGCUGCCAAUUUUGCCUUGCAACGAGUGGCUGAAGACAACCGUGGAAGUUUCUCUAAUGACACCGUGCAAACAUUGAAAGGAAAUUUCUACGUCGACGACUGUCUUAAGUCAGUACCUACGGUGGAGGUCGCCAUUAAACUUGCUUCCGAACUCCGUGAGCUACUCACCUGUGGAGGCUUUAGAUUAACCAAAUGGUUAAGCAAUUCUAAGGAAGUGAUGAAAUCGAUACCAGCUGAUGAUUGGGCAAAGUCAUUACAUGAGGUCAACCUUGACCAGGAGGAUUUGCCAUUUGAACGAACACUGGGUGUCCUUUGGGAUGUUGAAAGAGAUUGCUUCACAUUCGAUGCCAAGGCAGUGGACAAACCUGCAACAAAGAGAGGAGUAUUGAGCGCUACUAGUUCCAUCUAUGAUCCUUUAGGAUUUGCAAGUCCAUUCGUGCUCAAAGCAAAGGCAAUCUUUCAAGAGUUGUGCCGCAUGAAAGUCGACUGGGAUGAGGAGGUACCGGUAGACUUAGCAGCACAGUGGCAUAGAUGGCUAAAUGACUUGCCUCUGUUGUCUGCGCUGAAAAUUCCAAGAUGUCUUAGACCAACAUCCGCUAGUUGCUUGCUAGAGACUCAGCUCCAUCACUUUUCCGAUGCUUCGGAACUGGCUUACGGCGCUGUUUCAUACAUCAGGAUUGGCGACACCUGCAGGCUGGUGAUGUCAAAGGCCAGACUUGCACCAAUCAAGCCAAUUAGCAUACCGCGUCUGGAGCUACUUGCAGCUGUAGUUGCUACGGAGCUGGAUCAGCAUAUCAAGCGCCACUUGGAGAUUCCAAUUGAAAAGACUUUCUUUUGGACAGAUAGUACCAUUGUACUUCAGUACAUCAACAACAAACAUUGUCGUUUCCAGACAUUCGUAGCCAACCGUAUUUCAAAAAUACAUGAGCGUUCAGAACCAUGCCAGUGGAGACACAUUGACUCUGCUUCUAACCCUGCGGAUGAUGUCUCUCGAGGAAUGACUAUGGGAGAGAUUUUGUCAAGUGAACGAUGGGUAUCUGGUCCGCACUUUCUUCAACUGGAGGAGGAACAUUGGCCUGCUCAACCUAUCAUAAAGGAUUUGUCAGAGGAAGCAGAAAUUAAAAGAGCCAAAGAGGUCUAUGCAGCUAGCAUAAAACCAAACCAAGUGAUGAAAAAUGCAGUGGACAGACUACUGGAACGAUACUCCAGUUGGCAUCGGUUGAAAAGGGCUACUUCUAUCCUGUUGCGUGUCAAGGCUUUGUUACGCAAGAAAACAAGUGUGCAUCUAUCCGACCCUCUUACUGUAAGUGAGCUCCAACAAGCAGAAUCAGCCAUUCUCAAUUACAUACAAACUGCAUCUUUCGGAUCUUCUCAAGCAAAACCCAGUUCUCUUCUCAAGCUUAAACCCUUUGAGGAUGAAAACGAUCAACUCCUUCGUGUGGGAGGCAGACUAACAAAUGCCCCAAUUCCCUUUGAGGCAAAACAUCAAGUGAUCCUACCUAACAAUCAUCAUGUCACUCAUCUGAUUAUCAGUCACUACCAUCUUCGCCUGGGUCAUGCAGGUCCAGAGCGAGUACUUGCAGAAAUUCGUCAACGUUUCUGGAUUCUAAAGGGACGGACCGUCAUUAACCGAACUCUCAAGUCAUGUCUACAGUGUCGCAAGUUAAGAGCUAAGCCACAAACCCAGCAAAUGGCGGACUUACCUGAUUCUAGAGUGACUCCAGGUGAGCCUCCAUUCACUCGUGUGGGCACAGACUACUUCGGGCCAUUCUUGGUUAAGAAGGCACGCAGUGAGCUCAAGAGGUACGGAUGUUUGUUUACAUGUCUCACUACGAGAGCAAUCCACUUGGAAGUUGCACACUCCCUCGAUACCGACUCGUUUAUCAAUGCCUUACAGCGAUUUAUCUCCAGGAGAGGCCCACCCAUGGAAAUACGUUCGGAUAACGGGACUAAUUUUGUCGGUGGAUUACGAGAGUUGCGGAAAGCCAUCAGUGAGUGGAAUCAACAAAGGAUUUCAGAUUACCUUCUACAGCACAAUGUAAAGUGGAUCUUCAAUCCACCUGCCGCCUCCCACAUGGGUGGUGUUUGGGAGAGGCAAAUUCGCACUGUUCGUUCCAUUCUUAACACUGUCCUCUCACAGCAGGCACCAGAUGAUGAAGGUUUGGCAACACUGUUUUGCUGUGUUGAGUCUAUUGUCAAUGGUAGACCAAUCACUAAACUAUCAGACGACCCGUCAGAUCCUCUACCACUCACACCAAAUCAUCUGUUGUUGCUUCGUUCAGGUCCUACUCUACCUCCGGGAGCCUUCGUAAAACAAGACCUUUACCGACGCAGAUGGCGCCAGGUGCAAUAUCUGGCAGAUGUCUUCUGGUGCAGAUGGCUCAAGGAAUACUUGCCUGCACUGCAACAACGCCAAAAAUGGCUGCAACCAAAGAAAAAUCUUCAAGUAGGAGAUCUUGUGCUUAUUCUGCAUGAGAACACACCACGCAAUCACUGGCCUCUAGGUCUGCUUACUCAAGUCUAUCCAGGUGCAGACGGACUUGUGCGUACUGUGGAAGUGAAGACACAGGCAGGUGUCUUCAUCCGUCCUGCAGACAAGAUCUGCCUCCUAGAAGCCAGUCUUCUUAGUUGAUUUAGUUUAAUUGUCACAUCACCCUUACUUUGUUUGAAUGACCUGUUUGGGUCAUUGGGACCGGGAUGUAGGGUGCUGCCCCUUUAAGGACGUUGAUUCUGUGGGCUCAUGGGAUCGCGGAAGAAGAGGCGCUGUAAAAAAAAAAAAAAAAAAAAAAACUGAACCGAACCGAACUGACCGAGAAAGCAACGUUGAUGCUCAUUUGCAGACUUUCUUAUGUUCUACAACAAUUACAGCUAAACACUUAAUCUGAACUAUAUGUUCCCAGCGUGGUAAGUCAAAUGUUGUUGUUAUAAGUAUAUUGAUAAAAGCACUAUGUAGAUCGCCAUUCGCGAUUAGCGCCUAAACGCCUAAUGCUAUUAGUUUGUUAGUUUGGAUUGACAUUUGGUUUAAAUUGCUUAUUUAAACAUAUAUGCAAUAUGUGUAGCAUUUACAAGGUUUAAUAGGUGUUUGUAAUACAGCGACUGUUUAGAAAUCUGUAUUGAUAGUUUUAUUACACACAUGUGAUAAUAUUUAAUGCCUACAUAGUCUACCACGUGUGAUAUUUGCUUUGUACGGAAUAUCUUUGAUUUAUAAUGUUUAUCAUCUAAGCUGAUGUUAUGUUGUAGAAAACUUAUUUGGGAAAAUGAUACAUGACUGGAAACUAAAGGUGAAUUAUUUGUAUUUACAGUUUGACCGCACGCACACACUUAUGUGUACAUUGUGAGUUCUGCACAAGUGGAAUAAAGAAAAGAGAAAACACAAAA